GGUUCGGGUACAAACGAGAAACAACACAUGUCUGGGCCAGCCAGACCAAAGAGGGGCUCUCGGAAGGGGAAGGGGCCCAUAUGAAUUGGGUCCGCCGUCUGUCCCAAGUGUUCGUCCCCCCGAUACCUUGCUCUCCCGAUCCUUUCGGCAGAUCAUCGCCGGCCAGACAAACCUGAAGACAAAGAAGUAACGCUGCCAAACUGGGGUCCCACGAGUUUCUCACUUUCUCCCCAUCCUUCGUGCUAGAGCUACGCCAUUCCAAUGUCUGAUAGCCCCGCCAAACCCGCUGCUAAUAGCGGGUCUGGCUCUGCCGCGGCCUUUGGGAAGCCGCCGGAGUCACCAACAGCAUCAAAGGAUGUGACAAGUCCAGGGGAUUUGCAGCAAGGCCCUGCCGAUGAACCAGACCACCCUCACCUCGAGAUCGAUCACGACGAGGGCGCCGAAGACAACUAUGAUGCCGACUCGGCUUACGUCUCCCUAGACGGCUCAUCCCGCACCGGAUCCAUCACCUCGUCCAUCACAAACUAUGUCUAUGAGAACGGUCGUCGGUACCAUGCCUAUCGCUCGGGGCAGUAUGUCUUGCCCAACGACGAGGACGAACAAGAGCGCCUUGAUCUCCAACACCACAUUUGGCUUCUCCUGCUCCAUGGAAGCUUGUACACGGCGCCCUUGAAUGUUCCAGACGAGUCGGAUUCCGCCAGCGAGUACAGGAUCUUGGAUCUCGGCUGCGGCACCGGUAUUUGGGCUAUGGAUAUUGCUGACCAGCACCCUCGUGCGUCUGUAUUUGGCGUUGAUUUGAGCCCCAUUCAACCCGAAUGGGUGCCCGGCAACUGCCGCUUCCACGUCGACGACUACGAAGACGACUGGACGUACAGGCCAGACGAGGCGUUCGACUACAUCCACGGGCGUGCCCUCGGCGGUACCGUUGCUGACUGGGGUCGAUUCUAUCGCCAGGUGAGGACGCACCUCAAGCCAGGCGGCUACUGUGAAAUGCAAGAAUACGAUGCCUGGAUCUUCAGCGACGACGACAGCUUCGACAGGGCGCCUUGGACCAAGGAAUGGGUAACCAAGCUGGAUGAUGCCAGCAAGAUGUUUGGCAAGCAAAUCAACGUGGCCAACCGCCACAAGCAAUGGAUGAUCGAUGCGGGCUUUGAAGACGUCCAAGAGAAGGUCAUCAGGAUUCCCAUUGGACCGUGGGCCAAGGACCCUCAUCUGAAGGAGCUGGGCCGCUUCGAGCAACUGCAUAUGCAGAUGUCGGUGGCCUCUCACACCCCUGCACUCUUCACCCGCGUGCAUUCAUACACCGAACAGCAGUGCCAGGUCCUGAUUGAGGGCGUCAAGCGGGAGUUCCGCAAUAGAGAUCUGAGACUGAUCACCAUCUACCGCUUCAUCAGCGGCCGAAGCCCUGGCCCCCCUCCCCCGGAGCUCUGAUGAGGCCGACAUGACGGAGUUGACAUUUACGAAGCAUGAUGUGAUGCACUGAUGAUGGAUGAUGUGAGUGGUCUGUGCAUUUGCAUAAUAUUUUUGCAUAAGAGUGGAUAAUUUAAUUGUGCAGCCCCUUUUUGCCCCUUUUCCUCUCCCGUGUUAUGUUCUCUUUUCUCCGCUGCUGUUGAUGCUUGGACAGGCAACGGUCAUCCAUUUCUCUUCUGUUGUAAAAUCUGGGUUUCUCCAACUGGGUAAGACUUCCAUUACUUCAUGAAAUACCCUAAAAAGAUGACUGCAUGCAUAUGCCGCGGGCUUUUUGGUGGAAGCGUAAGUACAUGGGGCAAGAUCUCCUUUUGGAGUCGUGUUGCUUCGCCCACACCAUUCAGUCAGCACGUUGAAGAUGCCGUCAAGGUGGCAUAAAUUUACGGAUGGCAAGAUAAACUUGCAUGAACACCUUCGGAGUCAGCAAUGAAGAGAAGCAACACUGCCUUAUUUAGUGACCACCAUCGGGAUCUUGACCAGUAGAGUUUUGGCUUUGUACCUUGAUGUUAAUGAGUGGUAGAUUAUAGAGCGAGUUAUUUGGUUUGUU